GCUCGACGAAGUCGCAUCACGCCGCCGUAAGCCAAAACGUCAAUCUGCCGAGAACCCCGGCUCAGAAUACGCUUGCAGGAUGCGCCUCUUGGAGAUAAAAGAGCAUGGCAGCCUCAGCCUUCGGGAAUAUUCCCCAGAGGACGUCCCGCCAUAUGCUAUCCUCUCGCACACCUGGGGACCCGACGACCAGGAGAUCACCUUUCAAGACGUCCAUAAACAUACAGGCCACCACAAGGAUGGGUAUCGAAAGUUCGCGUUCUGCAGCCAACAGGCUACACUGGAUGGCCUGAACCAUUUCUGGAUCGACACUUGCUGCAUAGACAAGUCCAACAGCCAGGAGCUUCAAGAAGCGAUCAACUCCAUGUUUCGUUGGUUCAGAGAUGCCGAGCAUUGCUACGUCUUCCUCACAGAUGUGCACAAAAACGCCAGCGACGACGACAACAGACCGUCACAAGUACAAUGGGAGAAAGCCUUCAGAAGCAGCCGGUGGUUCACCCGCGGUUGGACACUACAGGAACUGCUAGCGCCAUCAUCUGUGCAGUUCUUUUCAAAAGACGGUAGAAAGCUAGGAGAUAAGAGAACUUUCGAGCAGCAUAUUCACGAGAUUACGAGCAUUCCUAUUGCCGCCCUCAGAGGUGGCUUGUUCGAGCACGAUGUUGACGAGCGAAUGAAGUGGAUGGGCAAGCGGGAGACAACGCGCCCAGAGGAUAUAGCUUAUGCACUUCUCGGGCUGCUUGGCGUUCAGAUGCCCUCAAUAUAUGGUGAAGAGAAAGAAAGCGCAUUACGGCGGCUACGUAGAGAGGUUCGCAAGGUCACCUCCCCCCUGUCUGUACCCAUGGCAAACAGAGCUGCGUUCGACUCCCGCGACGAAGAGCAUAAUCCACGAUGCCAUCAGAAGACACGUACAGAACUUGUCCAUCAGAUUGAUGAAUGGGCGAGAUUUGGCAAGGAGCCAAUAUUCUGGUUAAAAGGCAUGGCUGGAACCGGCAAGUUAACAGUGUCGCGAACAAUUGCCCAGCGCUUCGACAAGGGCAUGCUUGCUGGCAGCUUCUUCUUCAAGAGGGGUGAGAUCGAUCGUGGCAAUGCUACCAAGUUCUUCACCACUUUAGCCGCCCAUUUUGCUAUCAGAGUGCCGCACGUUAGACGAUUGGCCCGUAGUACGCUCGAUGCUGAUCCCAGACUUCCUUCGAAGGGCUUACGCGAGCAGUUUGAACGGCUUAUCUGGCAGCCACUUACCCAAUUACAAGAUCCGCAGACUUUUAUCAUUGUGAUUGAUGCGCUUGACGAGUGCGACCGAGACGAAGAUAUCAGGGUUAUAAUCUACCUCUUUGCACGAGAAAAAACUCUCCGCCAUAUCCGCCUACGAGUAUUUCUUACCAGCCGCCCUGAGCUACCGAUUCGCCUGGGAUUUACACAAAUUCGAGGCGAUUACUAAGAACUUGUUCUUUAUAUAAUACCGAGAACUACCAUCGAGCAAGAUCUUCGUAUCUUUCUUAUCGACGAGUUGAUUAGAAUUAGGGACGAACAUAACGUUGAUACGUUCGAGGAUGUGAAACUCCCACCAGAUUGGGCUGUUGCAUAUAUCGAUUCAUUAGUCAACAUGGCCCUCCCGCUUUUUAUUUACGCUGCUACGAUAUGUCGUUU